AUGUACCAAAGGCCACUUUCACGUGAAAUAUCUCGCGAAACCGGUGGCAUCAGAAGGUCUUACUCUAGGGAAUCAAUACAAGACGACACUUAUGGGGAAAGGAACCGCACUGGGAGAGGAAGAGCUGGAAGAGGGGGGCGUGGUGGUGGCUUUGGAAGAGGGAGAGGCAGAGGAGGAGGAAGGAGUGGACGUGAUGAACACGGAGCACAGGGGCACAAUCCUCGUCAAGUAAGGCUCGGAUUCAAAGCACUUCAGGAACUGGACACUAAAACCCCGGACGAAAUCAUUCUGGAUUUGACGUCAAGCCGAUGUUUCCCAGCUACCGAGUUUUUACUGAACCAGCAAUCAGCCAUGAAGGAUGACUGGAUUGUACUGACGGUGAGUAUCAUUGCCAAAGCCUGCGGUUGUAGUUCCAAGGAGUUCUUAAUCAAGCUACUAAACCUUCUGCCGAAAUCUCUUUUCUUCACUGCACAUCUAAGAACAUUCCUCAACAGGCUGUCCGCUUGCCGCAAGCCUGCCACGGAAGUAGCCACGUUUCUAAGAAAUGUUGUGAGAAUAAUGAAGGAGUUGCUUCGAACAUUUCCGAAUUCAUACGCAGACAUUCCAGUGUCUGAGUUGUAUUGUGGAAUCAGGAUUUUUUCCGACACACAACAGCCUGAUGUUGCCUUAGUGGCAGAAGGAGAGGAACUGAUGAAGCUGAGGAGUCAAAAGGCAGAUGAGCUGAGGGAAGUGGAAGAAGAAAAACAACACAGAAGGAGACCACGGAGAGACGGUGAGUGUGCAUGAUAGUGAAGGCGAUAAGAUUGCGGCUGCAUUAACGUUGCUUUUUUUUUUUGGUGACACAAGUCGCCCAAUAUACCUAAGCAGUCACAAAAAAGAUGUAGUUUUAAUUCUUGCUGUCGCAGACGGUUGCAAUCACCAAAUGACGUCGUAAUACAAAAGAUUUUAAAGGCAAAGACCAAAAAAAGAAUAUUUCCACCAGUCAAAUUGUUCGUCAUUUUCUGUUAUAGCUGGAGAGAAUGAUGAUGUAGAUCCACCUGAUAAUUUCCGUGAAUACAGCGUUAUACCAACGCAACAGGACAUCUUGACAGGGGAGCGUCCCUUCCUCAGAAGGAACAAAACUGAUGGGAGCUACAAUGAUGCGGAACAUUAUUUGGACGUGCAAUUUCGUCUCCUUCGUGAAGACUUCGUGAGGCCGCUACGUGAAGGAAUUGCUAAGCUGUUAGAGCGCAUUGGCUCUGCCAAGAUUGGUGCCUUGCAAGACAUCCGCGUGUACAAAGAUGUCCGACUGUUAUACCCUGUAUGUACGACGGACGGACUUCGGUACAGGAUUAAAUUUGAUAGCACCAGGCUAAGAAAUGUGCGCUGGGAGAACAGCAAACGAUUAAUCUUUGGUUCGCUGAUGUGUCUUUCCAAGGACAAGUUUGAAAGUUUUGUGUUCGCUACCAUAGCCAAUCGCGAUCCGAAGGAAUUAAAGCAGGUAAGUUUUCAUCCUUUUCCACACAUGUGUAAUCAUGAUAAUAUUUUGUUCUAAUUAUUUAACUGAGGGAGCCCAUUCCUUAUAAGCCCGGUGGCUUCUCUUGGGCUUCCUCGCCAUGAGAGUUUAAAUAUUUGUUUUUUGCUUUGUACAACUUAUGGCAAACAAAACAAUAAACAAUAAACAAUUCUUCCUCUCACAUUCGACCUAACAUCAUCCUCGGAGACCCAGGGGCAUUCAGGCAGGUCGUAAGAAACGGCGCGGUGAAGGUUUCAAGCACGUGCUGAGAAGAGCACCCGUGCCUAAAAACUUUCGUCGCACUUUUUCUCCCGACCCGACUGCCCCUGGGUCUCCGAGGAUGAUCUAAUAUCGAUACUAAAUAAUUAGGAAACAUUCAGAAUAUUUUGCCAUUUUGGUGACCCUGAAUUUUCAAUAGAAGACUAGGCAAGAUCAAACUCAAACCAGUUUUCUUCCACGAUAAAUCAUCAAUCUCGUUUGACGUUUUGCAUCAUCACACCCUUAUUUUUUAGUUAAUCAACAAUGAGAAUUUUAUCAAUCAUUUAAGGCAGUUGAAUCCAAUAUUUCCCUCUCCAGGGUAUAGUGGACAUACAGUUCAUCAAUCUCUCUGAUUACGUAAGACUUGAAGAAGGAGACGUGUUUCAGAUGGUAGAAAGCACCGUGUACUUUGAAGCCUAUCGUCAUAUACUGGAAGGACUCAAGGAGGUGGAUCCCGCACGCCUGCCUUUGCAGGUUAGAAACGCACUAGGGAAGUUCUAUACUACUUUCGUGACGUACACUUCAGUUAAUUGACUAUUGACGUCCUUUUGAGCCACCUGCCACAAAUAAAGAGUAGUACAGUAGCUCUCCCAGACCUCUAUUUUCAUUGGCCUAAAUAAGCUUUAUCGCUAGGGGUAUUGUUUGUUUUGAACCAUCUGUCAUCUCUUGUUUCGUUCUCCAAUCACAGACCAUGUCUGGAGAGCUACACCUUCUCCAAAGAAACAAUACCGUUAACUGAUAAGAAUGGUUACUGUUAUAAAAAGUCGUGACCAGUCAUUAACUAGUAACAAAAGACUGAACAGAAAGCUGGAGACUGACUGAAAACGAGAGAAACCACGCCAGAGGUACCAGUGCAUUUAAAGGGGCUAUGCCACGCUAAUUGCAAUUGCUAUCUUUUUAUCACUUCGCAACAACUGGCUUCCAAAAAUAAUGGUCCAAUUUCUUUUUUUAAGACAAUAUUUAGGAACUGAAACUUUUCCACGUCGUCUCCUGUACGUAUGGCAACGAUGGAAAUGAAUUGAAAACUUGAAAACGUUGGCCCAACUUUUUCGAGUUUUACCGCUUUGCCUGCAAACAUCAGCAACCAAUUAUUAUGGCCAGUGCUCCCUGAUGAAAUUUGUUUGAUAUCGUUUCCAUAACUCUACAGAAUUUUAUGUAUGGGUCAAGGCAUUGAUCAGUGAUAUGUCCUUAGCACAGAAUUGACCUAAAACAGCAGUAUCCUCGUGACGUAGCUCCAUUUACCCCCAAGACUUACCCCUCUUAAUUUAAUUGUCGAUGGGGACUGUUCUGUGAUACUUUCUUAAAAACAGAAGUACAUUGUCAACUGUGAGAAACAGGUCGACCCACCAGCUUACUUGAGGAACAGGUAUCGCGGAACAGUUAAGUUUGAUCUCACACCCAUCAUGAGCGAAGAGUCCAGAAAUUCUACCACAAGGUAAGCUGAACAAAAUCAUUUUACAAAGACAUUUAAGAAUUACGUUGCUUAAAUGCAACGAUUGAGUUUGGUGUGAGAUACUCCAGUACAUAUGUAAAGAAUGGUCUGCGAAAAAUCCAAUUACUGGGCAGUAACCGACUUAAUGGGGCGCCUUACUUCACGUGAGCCUUCUCGUCACAAGUAAUAAGAUGAUAUCUGGAGGCCUGUGCCCCUGAGUCUGGAAAUGGUCUUCAAAGCAGAUAUGGCCAUGCCCAUGAUGUGUUUUGUUUCCCAUCGCCCGAAGGACCAACUACAACUUUCCCUUAAACCGAACAAUAAUCGUUAUGUUUAAUAAUUUGUACAAUUAUAUUUGUGAAGACGGGUUUCAUAUAGGCAAUCUUAACGACACAUCUCGAUGUCGCGGGUUUCUUUACAGGCUCAUGUGAAUUUUACUGAAACGUACAAAAGAAUUUCAUAAAAGGUUCUAGUUUUAAAAGCUUUAAGGCCUUUUCUAGCNUACCCCUCUUAAUUUAAUUGUCGAUGGGGACUGUUCUGUGAUACUUUCUUAAAAACAGAAGUACAUUGUCAACUGUGAGAAACAGGUCGACCCACCAGCUUACUUGAGGAACAGGUAUCGCGGAACAGUUACGUUUGAUCUCACACCCAUCAUGAGCGAAGAGUCCAGAAAUUCUACCACAAGGUAAGCUGAACAAAAUCAUUUUACAAAGACAUUUAAGAAUGGCGUUGCUUAAAUGCAACGAUUGAGUUUGGUGUGAGAUAUUCCAGUACAUAUGUAAAAAAUGGUCUGCGAAAAAUCCAAUCACUGUACUGGGCAGUAACCGACUUAAUGGGGCGCCUUACUUCACGUGAGCCUUCUCGUCACAAGUAAUAAGAUGAUAUCUGGAGGCCUGUGCCCCUGAGUCUGGAAAUGGUCUUCAAAGCAGAUAUGGCCAUGCCCAUGAUGUGUUUUGUUUCCCAUCGCCCGAAGGACCAACUACAACUUUCCCUUAAACCGAACAAUAAUCGUUAUGUUUAAUAAUUUGUACAAUUAUAUUUGUGAAGACGGGUUUCAUAUAGGCAAUCUUAACGACACAUCUCGAUGUCGCGGGUUUCUUUACAGGCUCAUGUGAAUUUUACUGAAACAUACAAAAGAAUUUCAUAAAAGGUUCUAGUUUUAAAAGCUUUAAGGCCUUUUCUAGCCUGUGGGCACGUGCCACAAGGAAAAGGAGGACGUCUACACGAAGCCAAUACAUUUUCCUAUCAUAUCCUUUAACAUAUUUUCUCUUUCGUUUUCUUUUUUCUCAUGUUUCGGGCUGUCUUCAAUAAGGGAAUUUCAGCAACAACCAAAAUAAUUGCGUUAACAAUACUACACUGAAAGAAACGUAUUAGAGUUUCUUCGGUGCUCUCACUAAGGCUGUCACAGACAUACUUAACAGUCUAAACGGUGUUGUUCGAUUCGGGUUUUGCAGCGCUUCCAGUCUAAUGCAUUUAAGGACACGAUUUUCCGCACGAUUUGCCGGAUUGAAUCUUAGAGACAACAAUCAGAGAGGUAAGUAGAACCUCAUUUUUAGACACCUCAAUCUUACCAUGAAAUUUUCAAAUCUUCAAGCUGGCCGCAAAGAAAAUGCGCCUAUGGAAUACUUCUAACAUCGAGGAACGUUUUAUCAUCACUGCACCCUUUCUGUUACUCAUUCACCCACUUAAAUUUUUUAAGCGUAAGUUAAUUAUGCCAGCCAGCUUCUAAAAAAAAUGUCCAGAAUUAUAGUGCGUAAUUUUUAGUCACAACAUAACAGCCCUUUUUUCCUCCCAAAAGGAAGCAGUGUUCCAAUUCUAAGCCUUGCCUCCUGGCCGUCCGCGAAAGAGCUGGAACUUGAUGACUCCCAGUACAGGGCUAUACAGAUGGCGCUGACAAAAGAGUUUGCGGUUAUUCAAGGACCACCAGGCACUGGGAAGACAUAUAUUGGACUUAAAGUACGUGAAAAUCUGAAAAUUGGUUUAUUAGUAAAGGACAUUCCACAUGUCGUCAUUCAGGCUUCUUGUGAGCUAAUCUGUUCUUACAAAUGUGAUGAAGAUGGAAUCGUCUGAACAUAUGGAACUAGAGGAUAUGAAGAUACACUUCACUAUAAAAUAGGCUUAUUUAGCGUUUCGAUGCUUGGCAUCAUUACAACCUUAGCGGAUAAAUCAAAUUCAAACAUGACGAUAAAGAUUGUUGAACGUGGCAGUGUAGACACUUUCACGACCCAUAUCUAAUAACCCUUUUGAUUCAAGAAAUUUUCACUCGCGCUUGCGCAUUUCGCUCCCUCAACUACCCGCAGUCUAGAGGAGUUCCCACCCUUGUUAAUAUCAGUAGCUUCCGCCACAAAGGUCGUUUAUUGUUUACCGCAGAUAGCCAAUGUGUUGCUGCAUAACAAGGGCAAAUGGGACACCGGUACAGAGUUGCUUGACGACAUGGAUGAGCGUUUGCUUCUUUCUGAGCGGCGUCCAAUCCUUGUAGUCUGCUAUACCAAUCAUGCCCUCGAUCAGUUUCUAGAAGGAAUCCACAAGUUUCAUCCCAAGGGUAUCGUUCGCAUCGGAGGACGAAGCAAGAGUGAGGUUAUGAAGGCUUGUAGUUUGUCAGAGCUGAAGCACAGGAUGCACAAGGUAAGAGUCAAUUGUCACGUCGAGGAUGAGCUAUACUUGUCUUCACUCCUCAACCACCCCUGUAUACCUUUCAAGCAGACGCCGCUUGUAAUCCAAGGUCCCGGUUAAAAGGCCUGACGAAAACCAUGGACAUAUCGCGAACACCUUUGAUAAACCGACACAUCAAAUGGUGGAAAAAAGCUGAAAUGGCCGUGUGUCCACAGCUUGUUGAAAUUAAAUUCGAAAACUACAAAACGACAAUUCAUAGUUUCUGGCAGUAACGAAGCAGAGUAGCUUAAAAUUUGUUGUUUCUCGCAACUGAAUAAGUGAUCGAUAGGGAUAAGGAUUCGUAGCCUGCAAACGGAAUUAUAAAAGGUAGAAAAAAAAAGUAGGUCGAAAUGAAAUUCAGGUUGAAAUGGUUUCAACCAAGUUUGCUACUCAGUUCCUUUUGUUUGCUAGACCAAAUUAUUCACGAAGGAAAUUGAGACUCGAACUUCAUUGAAAUCCAUAAAGCUGGAUUUCAUUUUGACUCAAGUCAUACCCAAAGCAAUUUGCGCGUCACUCGUGAAAUACACCAAAGAAGAUUCCACAAACAUCAUGGAUUUCCUUACUUUGGUCGGUAGCUGUUAUAUAUGUUGUAGUUAAAUUUUUAUUCCAGGUAAUUUUUGUUUUUCUUUUGUUUUUUGGUAUGGUAAUGUAUGCUAAUGAAGUUGAAACAAAGGAAAAAUAAAAAUUACCUAGGAUAAAAAAUUAACUACAACAUAUAUAUUAACCUGUUAAUCAGCAUCACCUGCCACCCCGAUUUACAUUCUGAAAUAAGUUUUAUUUUUUCUCUUUAUUUAGGACAAAUCAGCUCCGGUUCAAAUAAGAAGGGCUUUUUACGAUGCACACCAGGAAAUGGACCACACAACAGCAAAAUUACAAUCAGCAGCUGAAGACCUGAAAAGGUGCUUUGAAAACGUGUUACACGAAGACGAUCUUCGUCAACGCGCGUCAUCAAGCAUGACUGUUAUGCAUUACCAGUCUCUAAAAGAGCCUUUUGACGGAUUUUUUGGGCGAAAGGACAGCGCUAUCCUUCAGUGGCUAAACCUCUCUUGGAACUCGGCCAACCCUAACCANUUUGUUUGCUAGACCAAAUUAUUCACGAAGGAAAUUGAGACUCGAACUUCAUUGAAAUCCAUAAAGCUGGAUUUCAUUUUGACUCAAGUCAUACCCAAAGCAAUUUGCGCGUCACUCGUGAAAUACACCAAAGAAGAUUCCACAAACAUCAUGGAUUUCCUUACUUUGGUCGGUAGCUGUUAUAUAUGUUGUAGUUAAAUUUUUAUUCCAGGUAAUUUUUGUUUUUCUUUUGUUUUUUGGUAUGGUAAUGUAUGCUAAUGAAGUUGAAACAAAGGAAAAAUAAAAAUUACCUAGGAUAAAAAAUUAACUACAACAUAUAUAUUAACCUGUUAAUCAGCAUCACCUGCCACCCCGAUUUACAUUCUGAAAUAAGUUUUAUUUUUUCUCUUUAUUUAGGACAAAUCAGCUCCGGUUCAAAUAAGAAGGGCUUUUUACGAUGCACACCAGGAAAUGGACCACACAACAGCAAAAUUACAAUCAGCAGCUGAAGACCUGAAAAGGUGCUUUGAAAACGUGUUACACGAAGACGAUCUUCGUCAACGCGCGUCAUCAAGCAUGACUGUUAUGCAUUACCAGUCUCUAAAAGAGCCUUUUGACGGAUUUUUUGGGCGAAAGGACAGCGCUAUCCUUCAGUGGCUAAACCUCUCUUGGAACUCGGCCAACCCUAACCACGGUAAGAAGCUAUUAAAAGUAAGAAAAUUAAAAUUUUAGACGUUAAGACGAACCAUUAAGUAAGGCAAUUGCCCUUUUCUCUUACUGAUAUUUUUGACCACUCGUAAAGCCUUGGAAGUGUUUCCUCCCCACGACAUACUGUGAGUUCAAAAAAAGAAUAACAACUGACUGUUUCUUCUUUACUUAUCAGCACCUGUACAGCCCGUAGCAGUGUUCCCACUGAAUACCCAGUGUCGUGGACUGGAAAGAGUGUCAAGAGCCAAUCUAGCAAGUUUUUCCCGUGUUGCAUCGGCCCCUGGGCCGGACGGAACGCAAGGUGGAUCUAUUCAUCUACGAGGAAUUCCUAAUUCAUUCAUUGAAAUUCCAAAUCACGUCGGGAGUGACCUGGACACUAGGACUUCAAUCACACUCCUCAUGCACGUGUUUCCGGUCGGAAACAGAGGUCCUAUCCUAAGUUUCCACGAAGAUGGUCUAGGAGUCCAGAUAUGGCAAGAAGGCUUGGAAGAUGGAAAGGGAAUUCUAACGGUUCGUUUUGUCUGGAGAGAUUUUUCCCAGCCUCUAGCCCUUUCAAAGGCAGUGUUGACCAUGAACGCUUGGAACUUUAUUGGUGCCUCUUAUGAUCAUGAUUCUGGAAUUGCGCGUCUAUGGCACAAUGGAAAUGCAGUAGAGGCGAAGUUUAUAGGCAGUAAAAUGGAGUUAGCAACUCAGUUUUCCAUCCGAAUCGGAGCCAUAGCUUCUGCCGGACCAGGUCAUUGCUUUCAAGGGAGGGUACGCGAGCUUCAUAUAUUCAAUGAAUCCCUCGGAAAAGAAAUGGUCCGAACUGUUGGUGGAAUUGCUCAGGAAGGUAAUCGGUUAUACUAGUCAAUUCACAAAACUGUGCCUACUGUAGAAUCAUCACCCUUUCGCUUAUUAAGUCACAACGAAAGUCAUGAACAGUAAUUCUCACUCUCGCCAUUUGCGCUUCUCUAAAGGUGGUGCAGCAACACAAGAUGGACAUGAAGGAGGCGAGGGAGAAGAGGAAGACGACACUGAGGAUCCGGAUGUGUUGUACGAAGCAGAUGUUAUGCAGGACCAACGACUUCUGGAUAAUGAUGACGUAAGAGUGUUUGGCACGAAAUCGGCGGGCUUAAAAGGAGCAAAACUGAAGGUUGUGGAUCCUUUUGCUUUUGCUGGAGGAUCUGACGACGGAUGGCAGGUCCAGAACGCUGAUCGUCUCAAAAAGAGGUUGAAGAGAACGAUCAUUCAAGAGCUGAGCAAAAAGGAUGUCAUGCCAGAUGAAAGAGCAAAAAUGGUGAGCUGGAAACAAAAAAACAAAAAAAAAACCGCCCUGUUUAGUCUGGUUUCUCAAAAUGAUACGGAGCUUUAUUUUAAUGCAGUCAGCAUGUUACAUUGCGGUUUGCUUUUAAAGUGGUUUUCAUGUGCCUACACUUACGCUUUAACUUUGUCUGUGCCAUGCGCGCAAAUUUUUUUUUUUCAAAUGAAAAGCAUUGACUUACGGCAAGAGAAGCUCUUUACAUAAAUAGCUCCGAUAUUUCAACAAAGAUACUUUCUUACCGAUCUUAAUCCUCUCCUUCAUGUUUCUUAACUAAGGAAUUUUUACAGGAGUGUAAGUUUAAGGAUAUACACCGGUAAGUAUUUUUUAUUCAGUCUUGGAGACAUUUAUGCAAGAACACCAUGUAAAGAUGACAGGAUGCAUGUAGAUUUGACUGCAUUAAUCUUAACGGAAGGCUACAGCAUUCACCCAUUCGCUACAGCAUUGUAAUCUGAAACUUCUUAGUUUGAUUUAAUGUUUCUUUUAACGUGUAGGUACGAAAUGUAUGGAGGUUAAGCGUAAACGAUCGCUGGCGUUUGUACCGACGUUGGCUUAAGGAUGUGAGUGAUGGGUACCGCCAAACUAUCUCACUUUUCCAGGAACAAUUUGAAGCGGGUGCUAAGCGACUAAAGGACAUAAAAAACAUGGAAGACUUUGAGAUACUCAAGAAUGCUGACGUCGUUGGCAUGACUACCACGGGUAUGUUUGAUUAGUGCUUCUGGCGGGUUGAACUUGCACAAUGACGAGAGGAAGAGAGCGAAAAAAGGGGUCUAAGUAAAACAGUGGUACAGUUUCUCAGUCGUUUAAUAUCUCUGCCACUGUCGUUUUACGACAGGUGAAAUUGGAUUUUAGUGUAACCUAGCCAUGGCUUGAUAACCAGACCAUCGAUCGUACUGAUCCUCAGUGAUUCGUUUCGGGCCAUUUUAUAAUAAGUUGAAGACUUUUUAAAACCCUUUCAAGCGUUACUUUUUCAUAAUUUUCAUGUAGGCGCGGCAAAGUUCCGCAAGCUGCUGCAGAGACUGAAACCGCGAAUAACGAUUGUAGAGGAAGCCGCUGAGGUUCUCGAGUCGCACAUUGUUACUUCUCUGACUUCCGGAUGCCAGCACUUGAUUUUAAUUGGUGAUCACCAGCAACUCCGCCCCAAUCCCACUGUCUUUGAACUCGCCAAACACUACAAUUUGGACGUGUCCCUUUUUGAAAGAAUGGUAAAAAAUGGAAUGCCUUUUGAGCGGCUACGUCUACAGCACCGGAUGAGACCGGAAAUAUCCAAGAUGCUCGACCACAUUUAUUUCAACCCUAAGUUGGAGAAUCACGAAUCAGUGCUGAAUUUUGCAAACAUCAAGGGCGUGAAUCGUAACAUGUACUUUGUGGAUCAUGACGAGAGCGAGGUAGGCCUCACUUUCACGAAAUGCAAUACUCCCUUAAUGUCUAGCUGUCAAUAUUAACAGCAUAAUGUUAGCUAUGUGCAAAGGCAGAGUCUAGAGGACACAGAAAAUAACCACCAGGACAAUGAUGAGAAGUUGGGUGGAAUUCUGUAAAACUCAAUUUUGUGAAUUCAGGAUUUAUCUCUACAAUUGUCUUACCCACCCAAAAUUGCGCUGUCAUUAACGCAUGCAAUGCACAGCUGACUUACUGUCUUCAGGUGCAAGAAGUAUUAUAACUGAUGUUAGGUAGGGUUAUAGUUACCACUCUGUUUCUCAGUAGUAACCCAGAAAUCGCAUGCAACCUAGUUUCGAGAUUCAAAUUUCUCAUCCUUACCGUAAUACAGUUUCCGGUUAUCACUAUUAUCACGACAUUUUCGUUUUUGGAAUUUCAGGAAUAUCAGGAGGAGGGAAGAAGCAGGUCUAAUGAACACGAAGCAAAGUUUGUGGCUGCCCUUUGUCGCUACUUAAUCCUUCAAGGUUAUGAAAGGGAACAGAUUACAGUCCUAACAGCCUACACAGGACAAUUAAUCCAACUGAAGAAGGAGAUGCCUAAGGAUUUCUUCCGAGGAGUGCGAGUGUGUGCGGUGGACAAUUUCCAAGGAGAAGAAAACGACAUCAUCCUGCUGUCGCUUGUUCGAAGCAAUGAGGACGGAAAAAUCGGUUUUCUUCAGACUGAAAACCGGGUUUGUGUCGCACUGUCUCGGGCCAAGAAAGGUUUCUAUUGCAUUGGCAACAUCAGUCUUCUGAAAGAAAAGAGCGAGCUCUGGAGAAAGAUAAUGGACGACAUGGAAGAGCGCGGUAAUGUCGGAAAGGCUUUGACACUCUCGUGUCAAAACCACCCACGGAACGUGAUUCAGGCGUCAUGUGCUGAUGACUUCAAGAAAGCACCCGAAGGGGGAUGUACAGUGCCUUGUGCUACCAGACUAGCGUGUGGUCACGUGUGUGAAAUGGUGUGUCAUCCAACAGACCCGGAACAUAAAGAGUACCAGUGUAAGAAACCAUGCGCUAAAAUCCUCUGCAGAAGAAAUCACAUGUGUUCCAGGAGGUGUUACCAAGACUGUGGACCAUGCAUGAAACUAGUGACAAAGAUCCUGCCCGGCUGUGGCCAUACUCAGAGUGUGCCUUGCUACAAAGAUCCAUCUGAAGUGAAAUGCACGUCACCUUGUACUAAGUUUCUACCCAGAUGUGGGCAUCCUUGCCAAAACAUUUGCUCUGAGGCGUGUACUGUGGAGUGUACCACCAUUACACUCAAAACCUGGCCUUGUGGUCACAAAAAUAAGACAGCGUGUCACGUGAAUCCUAUGCAGACUCCUUGUAAGGCACCCUGUGGAGAGACGUUGAAGUGUGAACACCCUUGUGUUGGUAAGUCUGGAAGCAAGUUUUCAAAAUAGAUCGAUUAACUCAUCUGGCUAUUUCCUUCAACAAAAAGUAGGCAUCGACCAAAGAAGAUACAACUAGCCUUGACAAUGAUCUCUCUCUCUCUCUUGCUUAAAUUGGUAAAACGUUUGAUAACGAUUCUCAGAGGCCAUUUCAGCAAUGGUUAAUUUCUCAUGUUUUUUAUUGUUUUUAUUUUUUUCACAUGUCAGGUAAUUGCAGUCUGUGUUUUCGCGGUCGAGUUCAUGUUCCUUGCAAGAAAAACUGCGGCCGUACCCUAUUCUGUGGUCAUUCCUGUUCUGAGCCUUGUACGAAAAACUGUCCCCCGUGCAAAGAACGCUGUGGCAACUCCUGUACGCACAGCAAGUGCAAGAAAAAAUGUGGCGAGCCUUGUGAGCCUUGCAACGAGAAAUGCAGUUGGCAAUGUGUGCAUCACCGAUGCACUAGAUUGUGUGGACAGCCAUGUAAUCGUCAGCGAUGUAACGAGCCGUGUAAAAAGCGUCUUCCUUGCAAGCAUCCCUGUAUUGGUCUUUGCGGAGAAAGAUGUCCAAAGAAGUGCCGAGUGUGUCAUAAGGAUGAGGUCACCGAGAUUUUCUUCGGAACUGAAGACCACGAGGACGCAAGGUUUGUAGAACUGGCUGAUUGUGGUCAUGUGUUUGAAGUCGAGAUGAUGGACCAGUGGAUGGACCAGGUUGAGGCAGGGGAUGAUGGGAAGGCUGUUGGUGUCCAGCUCAAGCGCUGUCCCAAGUGCUCAACUCCCAUUCGUACCAGCUUGAGGUAUGGUAACAUUGUCAAGAAGAUUCUUGCUGACUUCGAGGAAAUAAAGCGAAAGAUUCUGCUGGGAAAACAACAGCGUGAACAAGCGGUUAGUGGGCUAAGUUUGAAAGCACAGAAGAUCAAAUUGUUUCCAAAAUACCAGAAGAAACUUGAGGAGUCACUGCUUCUCAAGAAUCUUACAGAUGAACAAGUCAAUGUGUUUGAGAACCAGAUCAGCCUGUUGUCCUUCCUCCAGGAACUCAAGGUUAAGAUACACAAAGGCGCAAAAGCUGAGAGUGAGAGAGCGCAAGAAAGCUAUCACUCAUUAAGACUACUGCAGGAAAGGAAAGAAGAACUAGACAUUCUAGUGGAAAAACUCCGAUUCCGUGUCGUGGAGACUCGGGCGCGGUUCAGUGACCAAGAGUUAGAGGAACUGAAAGAGGAGAUGUACAGAACACAGCUUGCUGUUGACUUAAAGAUUCUAAAGAUGCAGCUUGACAUCCGGGGACAUAAGAUGAAGGCCGCUCAUUCCGUGAUAUUUGACCUCGUGCAAAGAGCCUUGGAUUCUGAGAAAGUGAUUGGUAAGAGGAUUGAUAAUGAAGGACAGAUAAAGAACGCAAUGAUGAUAUAGCAGAAUAGCAACAAAACACUAUCAGGUCUAAAGUUCUAACAAAAACGAAUCCCAGAGCUUGGGUAAUUCUUUAGUACUGCUGUGUCACACCACGGGCUGAUGUUUUAGCGUAUAUAGGUAAAUUUAAUCUAUGAGCUCUGGGGUUUCCAAAAAAACAUCGUCGUAACGAAUCGUUGUAAUUAUGUGUGAAGACGAGUGUUCAUCACCCAGAAGGGGAGGGGGAGGGGGCAUUCAAAUAAAGCUGAGAAGGGAAAGGUUGUAACUAACUUAAUUUGAAAACAUUACGGAUAUACAAUUCGCAACUUCAAACAUGGUUAUGAAUUAUAAUUAUACCAUUUAUCAUAUCAAAAUCCUAACAAAAUUGUUAUGGUCGUAAAUCGCCAAGCAUAUUGCACACUCACUGUGAAGUUUCCAGCAUAACUUUCAAAUUUUCUAUUUUAAGCGUCUCUCCUAAAUCACAGUACAAAAACUUUUUCUGGAUUCCUUUCUAGAAAAGGGCGACAGAGACCGUUAUACAACUAACAUUGAGUGGAUCGGACGAUCGUGCGGCCUUGAAGUUUUUUACCAGAAAGUCACCCGACAAGAAAAAGACCUGAUUGUAAAGGCCAUGGGUUUAACACAAGGGCAUUGGUUCAAGUGUCCAAAGGGUAAAUAUAAUCUCUCAUCAACAAUCUCGUAGAGUAUUUGGUGAAUACACUCCUUCCAGCUGUUGAUGCAUUUGAAGGGAAUCUUCAUUAAACGCCCCCCAACCCAGCCUCUGUUCUUCCUACAUCACCUAUAUAACAACCCCACUCCUUACUAAAUCAAUUACCCUGGUGUCCACUUUGAAUGAUCGUCGGCUGUACUAUUAUUCUUAUCUCAUUAUAGGACACAUUUACUGCAUCACAGAGUGUGGUGGGGCGAUGGAAGAGGCCCGCUGCCCAGAAUGUGGCUCAGCGAUUGGUGGUCGUAAUCAUCGUCUCAGAGAUGAUAAUCGGUUAGCAAGUGAUAUGGAUGGAGCUCGUUAUGCUGCCUUUUCUGACAUGGCAAAUAUCCACAACUUUGACCCACGUGACUUACAAUUUUGA